UUUAGGCCCAGAAAACUGUUUAGGAGUUUCCGAUGUCUCAAAAUACAAUAUUAAGAUGGGAAUAUAUUCCCAGUGUAGGAGCAGAGUUCAUUUUCAAUGGGUUUACAAUCAUGUGAUGAUGACCAGAACAUCAAUGUAAACACACAAUUUGAAUUUGAGUAUGUGUGUGGGAUUUUUCUCAUCCUCAUUAACAUGCGUUAAUAGUACAUUAGAAAUACUGCGUCCAAAUGAUUACCGUAGUUCAUCCAGCUAAUUUACUUUCUAUCUAACCUGACUCUUGCAGUGCCGCAGCCACCCAGCAGAGCGGAUUGCUUGCCAAAAAGCCCGGAAUCAUGGAUCUUGUCAGUAAACCAAGAAGCAAGUCAGUUGUGUGGCUGUAUUUUGGCUUUAAAGCUGACGAUAAAGGACAACCUGUAAACAACGGGGAGGUGAUAUGUCGUUUGUGCCGUAAAAAAGUACUUGCUAAAGGUGGAAAUACUACUAAUUUAAGAAGUCAUCUGAAACGUCGACAUCGUGCUCAGUUCUUCAAGAAAAUUUCUUCGACCACCAAAGCUUUGGAUUUUAACCAUGAUGAAUUGCUCAAGGAUGGUCCUUUCGUCCAGAAUGCUUCCAACACAAACUACGUCCCAGAUGCUGUUUUGCCGCCGGGAGAGCCAUGGCUUCGCGGCGGCCCCUCCCGGGCAACGCUGUCGCUGCCCUCCUGCCUGUUCCUAUGUGGGGAGCCUGGGUCUGAGGUGCCUGCUGCCGGGUUUUCUGGCGACGAGCAGAUGGGAGAGAUGAAAGUGUACGCCAAGUGUCAUCUACAGCAGGGCGUCAUGUUUGGGCCGUACGUAGGGGAAAUGUGCAGAGAAAAAAUGCCGACCGACCUCAAAUACGCCUGGGCUAUCAGAGACGAUGCCGCUUUUGUCUACGUUGACGCUUCUGAUGAAAGCAAAUCUAACUGGAUGAGGUACGUAACAUACACCAGUCGGGAGGACGGACAUAACCUGGUCGUCUUCCAGUUCUACCGCCACAUCUACUACAAGGUUUCCCAGCCGAUUACGGAGGGAGGGGAGCUGAGGGUCUGUAUCAGUAAGGAUUAUGCCACCUUGCUGGGCCUCGAAAUGGGUGACAAUACGAAAUGUGAAGUUGGAGACAAGGAGACAUUCCUGAGCCUCCUGCACAACAUCCAACUGGUCACCCUCCCUGAGCCCAGCAGCUCCUCCAUCUGGGGGGACCGCAGCCAGUCGCAGAGCCCCAAGCUCCUCAUCAGUGACGUGUCCACGAUGUCAAGCCCAGACGCAGCCAGUGACUCUGCCUUCCCCUCCCUGAUCUCCCCAGCGGGCUCUCAGUCAUUCGAAAAAUACGAUUUCAUGCCCGGAACCGAGAUACUGCUGAGUAAUCCAAACGCCACACCGACCAGCCCGUGGUACUUUUUUGGGUUUGAGCCGGACCCCACCGGUCGGCCUCUGGACCGCUGCACUGCAGUGUGUAAGCUGUGUGUAGAACACGUGGGUUGUGGAGGAGGAGCAGCGGAUCUGCAUAACCACCUGACCAGCAAGCACCACAUCAGACUACCGCGCGACGGCACCAAGGAGCGGACCUGCCUGCCAAUAGGUCCACAGCGCUCACAGCCCGCCAUGGUUAACGGCAUUUUGGUCGGCACCCCCCCACCGGUGCUGUCCGCUCAUGUGACCGAUGCCAUCGCCAACUUUCUCAUCACGGAUCUCCAGCCGCCAGCCGUGGUGGAAGGCGACGGCUUCAAACAGCUGAUCAACACCUUCCUGCCCUCCUGCAAGAAGCUGCCUUCGCUGUGGCAGCUCCAGAACCUCCUGAAAACACACCACACCAAAAGCAAGACGAGCCUGGCGCUGCUGCUGAGGACGAAAAUGGGAAGUGGCAAUAAUGCGCCUACGUCUGACUACACUGCUCCUGUGGAGUUUGAGCCCCGGAAACGCGGGCGACCUCCCAGCCGACAGAAGGAAGUGCCUCACUUUGUCACGUUGAGUGUCGACGUUUGGGCGCACAACUGGCAGGACGACACGGAGCGGUACCUCACCCUCUGGGCACAUUACAUCGACUAUGGCUUUAGUUUUCGAAACAUGGCACUGGCCACCCGAAUACUGACAGCAGGCGGUGGUAAAGAUUACACGCCGCAAGCAGUGGAGGCUCAAGUGAAGGUGAUGGCUCAGGAGUGGGGGAUCUCCAUGCCGAAUCUGGUCUUGCUGGGAGGGGAGGUCAAGAACAAGACGAGGCCGGUUAAGAAAACCGGAGAAGCUGCCGAAAGGGCCCCUCACCCAAACUCGACGACAUUUCUCGAGAGGGAGGACACCGUCUCGCCUGAGGAACUGCGAGGCCAGGAGCCUGGCGACUCUGGCGAACGGCCGCCGUCCGUGCCGAGCUUCUUCAGCGCCGUGCAGGGCUGCAUCGAGGAAGUGAUCGCGCACUCUGUCGUCUCCAAGACCCUCGGCCAAUUCCAGCGCGCUCUCGCCAACCUGUUCGUGCCACCUGCUCAAGACAAAGGCCCUCAUCAGCACCACGCCCAGAGUCUGUUGCAGACCCUGGGGAAGCAAGAACAGGCGGAGCUGAAGUCGUGGGCUCACAGCCGGCCAACGUGGAAUAAGCUGUACCCUCUGCUCAGCGUGCUCCUCAAACACAAGAGCCUUUUCUGUGAUGUGCUCAACGAGAUCAAAAGUGACGGCUUGCCUUGCACUGGCUCGGAAUCCAGUUUGUCCGGCGGCUGGCAGGCCAACGCCUCCGCGGGCUCCACGACUCUGCGAGCUGACUGGAAGGUGGUGGAGGAGCUGUGUUCGGUCCUCAAGCCGUUGGACGUGGCGUGUCGAACUCUCGCCAAGGAGGCCUUCCCCCGUCUGUCCCUAAUCAAACCAAUUCUCACGGGCCUGCUCUCGCGCCACCUUGUGCCGCGGUCAGGAGAUUCGUCCUCCAUCCUGAAGGAAGUGAAGAGGAUGAUGAGGCGGAACCUGGCGAGCUGUUAUGAAAGCCCCGCCGUCAACCAAGUUCUGUGUGUUGCGUGUGCCCUCGACCCCCAGUUCCACGGACUGGGCUUCAUGGAGGUGAAGGAACGGAAAGCCACUUUUGAUUGGCUGAAGAAAGAGGCUGUCAGGAUUGUGAAGGAGGAGAGGAGGCGAAGUCAAGGUCAUCGGCGGAGGAAGAGGAGCCCCUCGCCCGGGUCACCAGAGUCCGACGAUGACUUCAUACGGAGGAGCAAGCGCCUCAAGGACUCCCGCCCGAUAAACUUCAGGGAGUUUGCUGACCUAGAUGAAGAUGAAGAGGUAGACGAAGUUGAAGAUGAAGAUGAAGAUGCGGAUGCGGAUGCAGGUGCAGAUGACGACGCAGAGAGUGAUGCAGUGGAGACGGAUGAAAGCGAGGGGGCCGAUCCCGUCCCCCAGGGAGGACUCUCUGGUAUGGAGUUCCUCCUGGGAGACCUGUUCUGCUCCAUCCCCAAGAGCAAGCAGAGCUCCGUGGAGGUCUCUGUAGACAUGGAGUUGUCCGUCUUCAGAGCCGACAAGGGGGCUUCGCUGGGAGUGGAGCCCCUGCAGUGGUGGAGGACCAAGGCUGUGCAGCUGCCGCUAUUGGCCACGGUGGCCCGGGCCUACUUGGCUGCCCCGGCGGUGGCAGGUAGCGCUGCACAGGACUUUGCGCAGGAUGAAGCGUUAGCUACGUACAGGAAGAGGGCCAACAUUCCUCCAGAAAGUUUGGACUCCAUCUUGUUUCUGCACCACAACCAGAUGCCCACCACGGAGAGCGGGCAAAUAGCAGCUGGGAACAACGACAAAACCUGUGGGAUAUAAAAGGUCCCUUUGACACAAAUGACGAGUCCUUCCUUCUCCACCUGCUCUGAAUUUAACCAUCUUGACAAUAACAUUUAUCCUCCUUGACCAGAAGAGGUUAAACAUCAAAUUCAAGAAAAAGAACGUGUUGUGUCUGGCUUGGACAGUUCUUUUGAUCUACAUAUGACUUUUUUUAUUUAAAAAAAAAAGUCUGUAUGACGUGCUGUGGUGCCUUACUCUUUUUCCGGAAACGGUUAUACCCUAAUGGUAAUUUCUGACAAAAAGCUAGCUAUAGAUUGUUUUGUUUGUGAAAGCAUCAUUAAUUCCUCCAUGGUAGCACUGUGGAAGGCUAUUACCUUGUGUUUCCUUUAUGCCAUUUUUUAUUUGUAAUGAGAAAGUAUAUGAUGAAAUACGACCCAGAGGCCAAAUGUUAGCCAAAUCAACGCUACUUGUUUUGAACAAUAACUGCUGUUACGUUUUGGUUUUGUUGUUUCUGCUGUGAUUGUGAAAGUCAUUUGAUUUAGUUUUCUAUAGUUUGACCCACCAGAUGUAGACUUUGGGCAGUGUUGGGACCGUUUUCUUUUGAAAAGUAACCAUAACAGAUUACAGACUACUAGCUACCCUGUGAUACGCAAUGUCACUAUUUUAAUUACUUCAUCAAAGUAAUUCUACCGUAAACCUCACAUUACUCCCAACACUGGUUACUGUGUGGCUUUUUGUGUAUUUUGUUAACUGAAAAUAUUUGAUUGUUAACUCUUCCUCAUCAAUGACGCGCUUUCGUCAUGUCAUUUGAUUCCAUACUUUUUCCUCAGUACCUGAUGUAGAAUUCUUUUUUUACUUCUAAAAUUCUCAUAGUUUAACACCUUGUUAAAACAAUAAAUAAAGCUCAUUAGCACAAUGUCUAUAUUGCUGCAAUAGAUUUGAACUCCAUAUUGUGUCUGGGGUUAUAAGUGUCUCAUUGUGUCACAUACUUAAAUGUAAUAUGCAUCAUAGAUUAAAAAAAACUCAACACGGUGCUAGGAUGAGCUUUACAUUUUGUACUGUACUUUGAAUUAAGACAAUUACAGUGUGGAGUAUUUGAUACACUGCUGA